AGAGAGAGAGAGAGAGAGAGAGAGAGAGAGAGAGAGAGAGAGAGGCUGGUAAGCUAAUAUUAAGCAAAAAGGAAAGUGAGAGGGAAUCAGUACCUGAAUCCGACACAAUGUUUUUAAUCGUUUAUUUUGUUUUUCUGAUCUCUUGCUCAGCCCUAGGAGAGAGUGAAAAUGAAGCUCUUUCAGUUUGGUGGGAGCCAGAAAUGCCUUCGCAUUCUGAAAACCUACACAGUUUGACGGACGGCUAUGGAAAUGACUUCUCAAGAAAGCGUCCGAACAUCAUCUUCUGUUGCGUAUGCCAAGAGGCCGUAAGACGAGCUAGGAAAGCAGUUAAUCUAAAGAUUUCCAAGAAGAUAAACAAUGUCUGUUACAAAUUCAUAGAGGGUUUUCGAAAGAUCUGCUUGAAGCGUGCAUGGAGAUAUCGGGACAUCAUACUGCACAAACUCUUCCCUGGUGGGAAUCCAAGGGGCACAUGUUUGAAGAUAAAGUUAUGCUAACAAAUGUGACAAUGGCUGUAGGAUACAUUUACAUUGACUGUUACUAGCUAACUUCACUGUAAUCUGUUUUUAAAAUGACCAAAACUGCAUGUUUUUCAUUUUUUGAGAGAAAAUUGGUAAUAGAAUAUCAGUGUAUUUUCAAUGCAUACACAUUUUUUUUGUCAUCAACUUGAAUGUUUGCCUAUAGGGUUUUCUGUUUUUCUUUAUGCUUUUCAGGAAAUCGAUAAAAAAUGUGCUAAAUGGAUUGAACCCUUUAAAUCUUUCUGCUAUUCUGUAGCCAUCGGAUACAAAAAUUCCAUACUGAGAACCUUUUUUCCUGGACGUACUCCUAUAGCCACCUGCAGAGUGAUGAGGUUAUGUGAUUACAAGAUCAACAAAUGCAGUUAAAAGAUAUGUUUAACCCCUUUAAAAUAUAAUCUAGAUGGAUGUUUAUUGUACUGGAGGUGCUUUUUUGUGGAUCCUGGGGUAUAAGAUUGUCUUAUGUUUCACAUAAAUUACACAUUCAAAAUCAAAUAAUAUGCAUGUGACUUUCUGGUUAUUUUCUGUUGAUUGUAAUAAUGCAUUUCCUUGUUUUUUCAUUAAAGUUGUUGUCUCUCCCCAAGACCCAAUAAUUCACAUCAAUGCAGUUCAAAAAAUCUAUGCAAAAUUAAAAUAAUUCUGUGAAAUAAAUAUUUUUCAAAUGGUGCUUUAGAAUUUAAACUUUUGUUUGCUCCAUUCAUAGUCAAACAGUUGAAGUUUAUGAUACUUUAUCAACCCAAUAGAGAAUAUUUUAGGUGCUGUAGAAAAACGUAGUCAAUUUAGUAGAAUACUAGAACUUUAUGACAUCAUUUAUUAUGGAUUUGAACACUGAUAAAUUCCAUUCAAUGAAAGUAACCACAGGGCUGUCAAGCUUCAAAAAUAAAAAUAAUAAAGUGAAUGCACUUUAAACACUGUUGAAGUUUCCAGACCCAUGAUGUCUUUUAAACUUAUUCAAUAGAGAUCAGCAAUGAGAAGCAACGGAAUACUUUUGUUACACCAUUGGAACUAAUGAACAGUUGGUCCAGGGUUGGGGGAGGGUUCAACUUACUUUGUUUAAUUUAGCAGCUUUGUCUGUGCUCAUAUCAUGAAAAAAAACAAGGAAAACAAAACGAGGUUUUUGCUCUUAUAGAACAAUGUAUCUAGCCUGUAUCGUUGGAUCUUUCGUGAUUCUCUUUGCUGCUGCUGAAAGUUCUCCAUAUGAGGCCAGUUGUGAGACGUUACAGACAAUCACCUUCUAUGACAACGAGGAAGAUCUGUGUACUUCCAAGGUAAUAAAAUGGAUAUAUCUAUAAGAAUGUUGUCAUCUCUCAUGCUAAAAGUAAAGAUUAUGUACAAAAUAAUUCUGUGGUGAAGUUUGGAGGACAUUAGUGUGGAAUAUAAAUUCUAGCAAGGAAUUUCUUAAUUACAAUCCCUUAUUAUUUCUCUUCCUAGAUGGCCAUAAAAUGUUGUAUAUGUUUGAAAGCGAUAAAGACAUAUAUACCCAUUAUAAACGCUCUAAUUGACAAGCUGCUGCUGAAAGUUCUCCAUAUGAGGCCAGUUGUGAGACGUUACAAACAAUCACCUUCUAUGACAACAAGGAAGAUCUGUGUACUUCCAAGAUGGCCAUAAAAUGUUGUAUAUGUAUGAAAAUGAUAAAGACAUAUAUACCCAUUAUAAACGCUGUAAUUGACAAGAAAAUAAAGUCUGUAUGCAGUCCCACCCUAUAUUUCUGGAAAACGUGUAGAAUAUUAGGCAGAUUUGUGAAAAAUCGGGUCAUCAAAGGAUAUUUCCCAGGAAGUCCUCUAAGGUCCUGCAUUAAGUACAACAUGUGCAAAGAAAGGGUCAAAUAUUGAUUAAGUCAAUCAAAUUAUCAGCUGUUUAGAGAAGACUUUUUCCUUUGUUUUGUCAAAAUAAAUGUUUUAAAUGGAAAAGCAGUGUGAGUUUAUGAUUCAUUGUUUGUUUUUUUUAAAUGCAGAAAGCACAUAAAUUCACAUCUGAAACUCAUAACCUAAUAGCUGAUGGUUAUUUAGCCAUUUACACUAUUUUACUUGUAGUGUAAUCUAGCAUUUAAUUUGGACAUCUGCUUUAAGUAUGUAUUACUGGUGGUUAGGUGGUGAACUGAACAGACAUACAGUACAGUGUUAGAAAAUGCUGACAGGAGCUCCAUUAAAACUUGACAAUUUGGUUCACUGUGGUUUUGGUGCCCUGAACAUCAUCACUUUAAAAGACUUGCGUAGACAUUUAUUAUCUUCAACGUUACACAUAACUGUGAGAAAAGGAGAGCACAUGACAAACACAGAGCGUGUCCGAACUUAAAAUCACCCAGACGUGUAGAAGCCAAGCAGCUUUUUUCUAAGGAGAAGAUUUGCAGAAUCAUGUCACCUGUCAUUCAUGUGGGACUGCUUAUCAUGUGCUCAGUUCUUGUUGAGUGUAGCAGCACUAACAAAGCAGAUUGGAAGAACAUGCUGGAGAGAAAUGAACUGAACUUUCCAGAAGAAGACAAAAGUCAUGAAUUAAGCAUAGAGUCUGAUAUGAACGUCAUUACGUGCUGGGUUUGCAAGAAGUCAAUUCAUGAGAUCAAGGGCAUUAUUCUCCAUGAGAUUAAAAAGGAAAUAAAGGCUGUUUGCAAAGCUAUGAAAGUCCUCGAACACAUCUGCGAGAAAUAUGCAUAUAAAUACCAAUUCCUGAUAUUUCACCUACUGUUUCCUGGUAAUAGCGAAAAAACCUGUCAGCAUUUGAGCAUGUGUAAAUAAAUGUUACUGAUCUGACUUAAUGAACAUGGUAAUUUUGAAAUAUCUGAAUAAAUCAGCCUGUGGUCUGUUUGAGUUAUUGGAUAGUAUGUGCUCUAAUUUCCUGCGCAUGUUCUACAAAAUAGAGGAACUGUCUAAUGUUUGGCUACUCUUCUAAAAAUAUUUGUGCAUUAUUCACUGUUAAAUCUAAUCUAUAGCAACGAUGCAAUAAAUACUAGGCAACUGCUUUUCAUGUGUAUAUUUUGUUCACUAACCACUUGAAUUAGAUCUUUGUUGUAUUUAGUCAGUUGAGUUAUCAAACUAUUUCAAAAAUAAUUUUAUAAAUAUAUGCGCAAGUUUUUAAAUGCAAAUAAAGCCUUUCCUAAAUAAUCCCAACUUGAUGUUUUACAUAUCCAUUAGUGUUCUGACCUCUGAUUGAAGAAUAUUUGACCAUGUGACUGCUCACAUGAUUCCCGCGCGGCCCAAGGAAGAGCAGGUGCACGUGCGCGCUCGCGCGAAUAGCGUGUCUUUCAUUUUGAAAUAUUUAUUAAAUGUUGAUUUUGUUUUAAUUCACAUUUAGAAAAAAAAUAUUAUUAAUGCUAAACAAUUUUUCGUACCAAAAAUUUAAUCGUACCAACUCCAGUAGUCUAUCUAAACACAUACCUGAGAGCGCGUGGCACCAUGCGCGUGCCACUAAGUCGCGGUUUUUUAAACUGAGGUAAAUCUGGUUUACAAUUGAAAACUCGCUUAUAUAAAAUUGUAAUUACCACAACCACAAAUUCGGCAUAUAAACAUUUGUAUUUAUAUCUUAGUCCGAUAGAAAUGGUGAGAAUUUGUUUUUAUCUUUCUUUAGGUCAUGGAUUUCAAGACGCUACUUUAAAUUGAUUUGUAUUUAGCAAAAGUCUGACAAAACGAACAGGAAUUCAAUAGAUAACGAAAUACGCAUGCCAUUCAUACUAAAAUAAAUAUCGAAUAAUCAUAUAAUUAUACUAUUUACACAGUGGCACUUUUGUAAUAUCGGCUGAUUUAAUCAUUGAAACAUGAUUAAACUGAGUCGACCAUGGGCCGAAACCGCCCCGUCUGCACCCACUCACGGUCUGCAGAUCCGGCGAGGCCCGCGGAGAACGAGGCCGACCCCAACGGGUCGGAACCAGCCGGACUCUUCAUCUCAGCAGCCUCGUAGGAAGACGACCGGACCGACAAUACUGAUCCAGAGGCAGGAGAUGGCCGCCUUCUUCAGACUGUUCGAUGAUGAUUUAAUACAGGACUUUCUGUGGAUGGACUGCUGCUGCAAACUUUCGGACAAGUAUUUGUUGGCUAUGACAUUUGUUUACUUCAGGAGGGCUCGUUUCAGUAUCACUGAACACAACAGAAUGAACUUCUUCCUUGCCCUCUAUCUGGCAAACACAAUGGAAGAGGAUGAAGAGGAGACCAAAUAUGAGAUCUUCCCAUGGGCUCUGGGAAAAAGUUGGAGGAAAAAUUUCCCACGUUUCCUAAAGCAAAGAGACCACCUAUGGGCACGCAUAGAGUAUCGAGCUGCUGUCAGCAGACGAUGCUGCGAGGAGGUGAUGGCUAUUGUGCCAUCUCAUUUCAUCUGGCAGCGUGAGCGUGCAGAGCAUCACAGUGGUGCUCAGAGGUUGUACCAAAACUGUGAGGGGAUCCACAUUCCCCGUGGGCCUUCUGCUUCUCCAGAGCCUUGUUCUCUCUGUGCCAAGACCUCUGCUGUUCCUGUGCCUCGCCCAUCCUCUACUGUGGCUGGUUCUUCGUCUGUACCCCCGAAGACCAAAGCUUCACAAAAGCCCCGUAAGAUGACCAAAGCUCAGUACACCUUUAACUGCUCAACUAUAGCAGGAAGUGAUGGGGUCAGCGAAAUGUGUCAAGAUCAUUCGAUGGACUGGAUCAAUGAAGAGUAGCUUGAUUGCGUAACAUUAAAACGAUCAUAUUUGCCUGUUGUCUAUAUCAGAGGCACUUCAGCUGUCUAAGGGGCAGAACAGAAUUUCAGUCUCUAAACUGACCUUAAAAGAAAUGUACAGCAUUGGUGUGAAAAGAGUAAUGGUCAUGUACAUUGUUCAUAUAAGAUCUAUAGAAUAUGUCAAAAAAAAAAUUCCUCUCACUAUGUGAAGGUUUGUACAUGUAUUUUACUGUAUAAUAAUUCUCAUCACUAUUUAUUUAUUUGUUAUUGUUGUACAGAGUACUUUGCUAUUUCUGUGUUGUGCACUUACUGUCGGAGAGUCUAUGUCUUAAUGAAACAAGUAUAACAUUUGUCUAAUAUGAAUGUGAAUGAACACCUAUGAAAUGAAUUGAGCAGAUAUUUAGAUUCAAUUUACUCGUGUCUUAAAUACUCAAGAGCAUGAAAGAAAAAUGUACAAUAAAAGACUUUUAUUGGACAAGUUUAUUGAUAAAGCAUAUAUACGAGACA